UUUCUCUCAAGUAUUCUUUAAUCUUAACGAUAUUCAUGAUAAAAACAGUUACUUGAUACGGCAACAGUCAUACGAGUAUGGCAGGUGAUGCGUCACCGGUAUGAUUCACUGGAUAAUAUACUGAAUAAUAUAGUUUUCAUUAGAAUUUGAGUAAACAGUAUAAAACUGUGCGAUUUUGCGUCUUUCAUUUUUUUUUCUUUUUCUUCUUUUCUACACUAUAUAUAGGUAAACAAUGUAAACUGUAUCUAUGUAUGUUAAAAGGUUAAACAUUUGAAUACUCCCGCCAUUAUUCUAGUUCACCACAUUGUAAUUCAUUAGGCGUCCACGUCGUAGUAGCGCCAUUUAACACGAACGAAUCGGUCGUUUCAGAACACCUUAUUUGGAAAUGCGCACCCUACUCAAGCGAAGAGCCACCCCCGGUAAUAUUAUUUUCUUUUAAGCUUUUUAAUUCGUAUAUCUAAGUGAGUAUGUAUAGCGCUUCAAAUUAUAUUCUCUAAUUGUUUUCACAUAUAAUAAUUGAAUAAUAUGUUGCAAAACGUAUCACUCGUUAAAAUUGUCUUAUCGUCAUUUCAAAAGUCAAAAAAAUUAAUUGAAGUAACCAAUAAUAUAAAUUAGUUAAUACAAAUCGUACUUUACCAACGAAUUAUAAUCCGGAUGACAGGCAAUGCACGCUUUUGGGAAAGAAUUCUCCCCACCCCCCAAAUUUCACGCGCUGACGAAGACGAUGGAUGCGCACGCUUUUCAAUUCAAUAUGGCCGUUUCAACCGCGAAUAAUCAAAAAUGAAGUUUUCAAAAUUUAAAAAAGACGAACGUUGUAAAAAAUUAGAGCGUUCCUUGAAACUUUCUUUAUUGAGGAAAAAUGGUAAAUUGACAAAUGAUGAGCCAAUCUGGAAUGACACGGAUGCACAGAAUUGGAGUUUUACUGCUUUGUCUCCGAAACCUUUCAAGGAGCCAAAACAUGAUUUCAAGACAGAACAUAAUAUUGUGUCUUCUAAUAAUAAUUCACCAAGAAUAAUGACAAUAAAAAAGAACAGGUACAUUACAUAUGAACCAGUAAUUGCAUCUUCCAAUGUUCAACAAUCUCCAAGGCAAAAUAACUGCUUUGAUAACGAUGUUGCUUCGUCAUUGAAUAUGAAUAAAUAUCAUUGUCAAAUUAAUAGAAAUUCAAAAGUCGUUCAAAGAGAUUCAUUAUUGACUAAUGAAAACUCAACUCUUGUAGUUCAAAGAGAUUUAUACGAACAAACAAAAAAUAUCAAAUACGAUAAAGAUCUUCCUAGAUUGCAACAAGAAAAUUCAAAGAAUAAUAGUGAUAAUAACUAUAAUCCUCGUAAAACAAACAUCGCUAAUCUUAAAGAAAAAUCAGGUAGAACUUUUUUUAAUUGGAAAAUUAUGUUAAACAAAGAUGGUCAUCUGCUUAUCAAAGGAACAUUAGAAAGCGGACAAACUGCACGCAGUAAACCUAUUCUUAGAAGAUUGACAGCUACAAGUGUACAAUCUAUUUUUUUACAUGUAUAUUAUCUUGAAGGAAAUAUUGUGGAUAAUGAAAAUGAAUUACCAGAAUAUGUGAGAGGAAAGUUUUAUAAUGGUUUUCCAGAUGACUGGGAAAACGUAUAUCUAUUAUGGAAAGUAUUUAUUUCUGAAGGCAGUAAAUUGAGUUUUCAUUGGCCAACAAAGAUUACAGAUAGUGAUGAUGACUUAAAUAGCGAAGUGACAAAUUUAACAUUACAAUCCGUAAAGGAAAACAAAAACAAAUGCCAAAAAUCUUGCAAUAAUAUAUGCAAUAAUAUAGAUUAUAGCUCAAGAAUCAAAACUGGUAAUAAUGUAUCUAAUCUUGAAAUCCCUGUGCCCAGUUCGAAAAAUUUUGUACAGGUUUUUAAUACAACAAAGAUAAUUCAAGAUAAUAAAAUUUUGAAUAAGGAAAAUCAACAGCAGCAUAAAAAUGUUAAAAAUGUUAAUCAGCCUCAAUGCGUUCAGAAAAAGCAUACAUUGAAGGAUAUUAUACAGGAAGAUAAAAUCAACAUUAUUAUUAAUAAUUUGUUGCAUAAAGAUUGUCCUAAGGAAUACAUUGUAAAAAUUGUACAAAUGUUUAAUUGUCUUGAAGAUGUUCUUUCUUAUAGAGUAGGAACAAAUGACACGAAUAAACUAAAUCGCGAUGAUAACGAUUCUGGAUUGUAUAGCAGUCAAUUACAAAGUAAUGAAACAGUAAUUCAUCCAAGGAGAUCUUGUAUGCCACAAUAUCAUAAUAUGUCACCAAUUACAAACAGAAUCAGUCAUAAUAACUGCAACAGAGAAAAUAUGCAUGAGAUCUCGAAUACGAUUCCACAACAACAGUUACAAAAUAACGUAGAAGAAUUGGAUAAGAGAGAUUCUGAAGAAUUAGAAAGUGAAAUUUAUGCAGGUAUGCCUAAAAUCAUAUUUCAGAAAGUAUUAGAAAACAAAAGGGCAUCAUUAAAACAGGAUAAACAAAAGCAAAGGAAAGGAAUAAUAAAUUCUACCUCUAUGACUAAGAGUCAUAUCACGUCACAAAAAAGAGUUAAGAAAAAACACAGAAUAAUACAUCGUUCUAGUUCCAGCGAUAGUGAUAUUGACAAUGAUAUACAAAAUUUUGUGUCUAAUGAGAACAAGAAAGAUGAUAAAGUAAUUAGACAUAAUGCGUUGAAGCAACAGAAAGAUAUUAUACAAUCAAAGACAAUAUCUUUUACUCAGGGAUCUGUAUCGUACGAAGGAAAUCUUGUUUAUCAUGAUCACAGUGUUAGCAUUACCGAAGAUGAAGAACCACGAGUAGAUGAUACGAAUCGUAUAGGAACACAUCCUAGAGAAAAAAAGAGCAGUUUUAAAUAUAAUUGCACUCGCGACAUUUCCACUACGGAUGAUGAAGUAAAAUUACCAGGAGAGAUCAAUUACAAGAAACAUUUGCAUACAAUGGAGGUCAUAAAACAUAGUGCCAAAAAGCCAAGAAUAAUAAACCGCCAUUAAUGGUACGGAUCAUUGCUGAUGUAUUUGAUAGAAUUAAGAAAGCAAUUAAAAUUAUUUUUUCUUUUUUAUUAUUUUAGAAAUACUAAAAAAUAAAAAAUAAAAAUAUAUCUUCUGUACUAUA